AUGAGAAGUGCUCCCGCCACUUCUUGUUAACAUUCUUUAUUUAAUUUCCAGAUUAAUCACGCCUUUUAGAAGUAGGGAAGAGGCACAGAGAGGUGUAGUAGAGCAGAAGCCAUGGCGCUCUUUCAAAAGCCGUUUAUAGCUUCUCUCUAGAAAAUCUUCUCCAUUUUUUUCGUUCUCGUUUGGUAUAGUCUCGGCUUCACGUGGACUUGUGCUUAUUCCUCGACGACCGUGAUUCAAGAUUCUGAACGGUGGUUCUUGAUCAGUACUUUUUUCAUUUUGUGUUUUCGUUUUGGCGGCGUGAUCAUGGAUAUUGAUACGGAGAGCUGUGGUAGUAGAGCCGUGGAUUUUGCACCGACUCACAGCCGGAACCAGAGGCGCCUGAAAGCCAUUGCGUACGAUCAAGUUCUUCAUCUACUCAAGGACUCGAACUUCGCAGAGGCCAAUCUUCCUGGUUUUGAAGACGAGCUCUGGAUGCAUUUUCAUCGGCUCCCCCCAAGGUAUGCCUUGGAUGUGAAUGUCGAGAGAGCACAAGAUGUUCUUAUGCACAAAAGAUUACUGCAUAUGGCAUGCGAUCCUGCUAUCAGACAUGCAAUCGAUGUCCGUGUCGUGCAGGCUCAUUUUGCUACUAGUGGAAAUUGCAGCUAUUCAUUUUAUUCAAACUCUCAAAGAAAAGUGAAUCCUCGGUAUACUGAUUUUUGCAGGGAAAAUGGGUAUGGUAAAAAUGUCCUUCUAUUUCUUUAA